AAAGAAACUAUCAUGAACCAGGAAAAAUUUGCCAAACUGCAGGCAAAAUUGUGCAUGGGUGGGAAAGGAACCCCUCACAGAAAGAAGAAGGUGGUUCACAGAACAGAGACAGUUGAUGAUAAAAAGCUUCAGUUGUCCUUAAAGAAAUUAGUGAUUAAUGCCUCUGGUAUUGAAGAGGUAAAUAUGUUUACAAGCCAAGGAACACUGAACCAUUUUAACAAACCUAAAGGUCGUGCUUCUGAGGCAGCAAACACUGUUACAGGUCGUGCUGAGACAAAGCAGCCAACAGAAACGCUCCCCAGCACCUUCAGCCAGCGUGGUGCAGACAGCCUGAGUAGUCUGAGCAGGCUGGCUGAAGCUCUACCAGUGCAAUCGGAGGAUGAAGAAGCACCACUUGCUACUGGAGAAGAUGAUGAUGAUGUUGAAGUUCCAGAUCUUGUGGGGAAUAUUGAUGAGGCCCCGAAGGAUGAGGCAGACUGA